AUGGUGACGGCUAAGUACUUGAUAACGGUGACGACGGUUGUUUUAGGUGGAAGUGCACAAUUUUAUAGUUAUGGAGUAGUCAACCCAGCACAAGUUAUUAUCACCGACUGGAUUAAUCAAACUUAUAUUGAGAGGUACAAAACUCCCUUGUCGUUGACAGUUUCAAAUGUAAUAUGGUCUUUUGUGGUGUCGAGUAUUGCAAUUGGUGCUAUUCUCGGCGCAUCGUUCACAAGAAUCAUCGGAGAAAAGUAUGGAAGAAGAAAUGGACUGAUAUUUAAUGGAAUUUUGAACACAUUUGCUUCAUUGUUUGAAUUAGUGGCAAAGCGAUUCAGCUCACCAGAGAUGUUAAUUUUCGGUCGAUUCAUAUACGGCAUUAAUAUGGGACUAUCAAGUGGGUUAGUACCAAUGUACUUGAUGGAAAUCACACCUUACAAGUAUCGUGGUCCAGCAGGAACCCUUCAUCAGGUGGCUGUUGCUUUCUCGGACUGGUUUUCGCUGCUAAUUGGUUUGCCUGAAGUGCUCGGAGAUACCAAUAACUGGCCAUUAGCCUUUGCUCUUCCUGGUUUACCAGCUCUCGCACUUGUCUGCAUUCUACCAUUUUGCCCAGAAUCUCCGAAAUAUACUCUGGGGACGAAAAAUGACAGAGAAAAAGCUCUUCGAGAUGUAAAAUUGUUGAUUGGCGAGGAACAAGCACCCCAUAUGUUCGAAUCUAUUGUAAGAGAGGUGGCGUUGGAUGCGGGUGAUGGUAGUUUCCGUGAAUUAUUCACAAGACCCGACCUACGUAUCCCACUUGCGGUGUCUAUAAUUGUCAUGAUUGCUCAACAGUUCACUGGAUGUACAGCAGUUUUUGCAUUCUCCACUGACAUGUUCCUCAAUGCUGGCCUCAGUCCAGUUCUUGCAAGAUUCAGUACAUUGGCCAUCGGUAUCGUCUACUUCUUAUUUGCAUGUACUUCACCAUUCUUGAUUAACAAAGUUGGAAGAAGAUCGUUAUCUCUUUUCCAACUUGGAAGUUGCAUGGUGGCACUGAUGAUGUUAUCACUUUUUACAUUCCUCCAGACUUAUGAGCAGGUCGAGUGGGCACGAUAUGGAACAAUUUUCUCUCUUGUCUUCUAUAUGUGCGUCUAUGGUGUUGGAUCCCCAAUUCCAUGGAUUAUCGCUAGUGAGCUUUUCACACAACAGUUCAGAGCCACUGCAGUGACCGUCUCUGUAUUUGUCGCGUGGACAUUUGCAUUCAUUGUUAGCACUUCUUAUCUCCCAUUCCAGCAGCUUGUUGGAGUGACGCUCAGUUAUUUCCCUUUUAUCAUCGGUCUUGCAGUUUUUGGAAUUUUCAUCUAUGUGUUACUUCCAGAAACCAGAGACCGACCUAUGGUGGAAAUCGUGACAGAAGUUCAUCACAGAACUGCGUCAUUGUCAGCUGGACGACCAUGGGAUGCUAGUCGUCCGCCAAGUCGGCAGGAAGUGCAACGUCUCCUGGAUACCAUGGAUCCGAGGAGUUACAGUUCGUACGACAAUCCAAGCGCCACAGACGAAUAA